CCGGCGUCCGGGCUCGUGUAAAUGUUUACACCGGGCCGGCCGCCAGGCUCCGCGCCGCGACGACACCAGGCUGCCGGGCGGGAAUGUAAACGCGGCCGGGCCGCCCUGGGUCCGGGAGCGCCCAGCCGGGGUGGGGGUGUGCGGGACGCUGAGCACUCGCUGCACGCAGGAGCCACAGCUCCAGCAACCAGUGCCCUCGUGGAGGCAGCUCAGGGAACUGUGGGGACCCAGCAGGCACCCCUGCGGUGGCUGCGGAUGUCAGGGGAGGCGCAGUCCACCCUGCCCGAGGGGAAGGAGAGCAGGGAGACUUCCCGAGCCGAGCCUGGAGGCCGGGCUGGGCUGCUGGGCAGCUUUGGUCCUUGGCUGCCGGGUCUGCGCCUCAGUUCAAUCUGCCUGGUGGGAAAACAGGCUCAGGAAGGAGCAGGGAGUCUCGCUCUGGGACAUACAUAUGUGGCGGAAUGGCCUCAACCUGGGUUCCUGCCUGUACUCUGUCAUAAGCUCCUGCUGCCCUCCCCACCUUUGUCCCACAGUGCCACCUUCAGGAAUGCUCUCACCCUCCUCCUUUCAUGGCUGCAGUCAAUACACCAAGCUCUGUGUAGCCUCAGGGCCUUUGCCCCACUACGCAUCAUUCUCAGCCCCUAGGCCAGCUCCUGCUGUAAGCUCCUGGUGUCACUUACCAUCAGCUACUCAGGAAAACACUCUGGGACUGGAGUUCGUUGCAGCUGGCACGAAGCCCACCUGGCCUCGGGCAGCCUCCUGCACAGCCUUGUGCACUGGCUCUUUCAUGAGCCAUGGCGAAGUUACGUUCAGCAUGCAGUGUUCAAAGUCAGGGGCCCCACUGUUCAGGGUGCCUGGCCCACUGCUGCUCAGGGCAGGCGGCUGACCAUCCCGUGCCCACAGGCCGAGGAUGCAGCGCUGGAAGGCGGCGGCCCUGGCCUCGGUGUUCUGCAGCUCCGUGCUAUCCAUCUGGAUGUGUCGGGAAGGCCUGCUGCUCAGCCACCACCUGGGACCCGCGCUGGCCCCGCUGCGCCGCCCGCCUCGCACCCUGGACGCCCGGAUCGCCCGCCUGGCCCAGUACCGUGCGCUGCUGCAGGGAGCCCCGGACGCGGUGGAGCUGCGCGAGCUGACGCCCUGGGCCGGCCGGGCGCCGGGUCCGCGCCGUCGUGCAGGGCCCCGGCGGCGACGCGCGCGUGCGCGACCAGGAACGCGGCCGUGCGGGCUGCGCGAGCUCGAGGUGCGCGUGAGCGAGCUGGGCCUGGGCUACGCGUCGGACGAGACGGUGCUGUUCCGCUACUGCGCAGGCGCGUGCGAGGCGGCUGCGCGCGUCUACGACCUGGGACUGCGGCGCCUGCGCCAGCAGAGGCGCGUGCGGAGGGAGCGGGUGCGCGCCCAGCCCUGCUGCCGCCCGACGGCCUACGAGGACGAGGUGUCUUUCCUGGACGUGCACAGCCGCUACCACACGGUGCGCGAGCUGUCGGCGCGCGAGUGCGCCUGCGUGUGACCCUACCUCAUCUGGCCGGCGAAUGGGCGCCCAAGCCCUCGCUCCCCGACGGCACCCAGCGGCCCGCAGGGAAACAGACUGCACGUGCUCUGCGCGGAGGAUGGGGGGAGGAUGGGACGAUGCCGUCGAGCCCACAGACUCUCGCGAUAACUGAGUUGAGAUAAAGUGUGGGAAAUGGUG